AUGAUCAACCUGCGACAAUGCCUCGUUGCAAUAGCGAGCGCUGGUACCGCGCUAGCUGCAUCCUCCUAUGCGACCCUUGAAGUUCGAAACGCUGGAGUGCCUGCUGGUCAAUUGAAGAACGUCAGUGGAAUUGAGAUCUACCAUUCGUACCCACCCAACAACAACACUUCAGAAAAAGCCAUCAUCCACCUGACCGACAUCUUCGGUUUGCCGCUGUUGCAAAACAAGCUACUCGCCGACUCCAUCGCCAGCAACGGCUACCUAGUCCUUGUCCCUGACCUCUUCGCUGGUGAUCCCGUAGGCGUGGAAGAGCAAGAGGCCGGACUUAACCUCACCGAAUGGCGCGCCCUACACCCCCAAUCCGCAGUCGAGGCUGUCAUCAACAGCACGAUCCAAUAUGCACGCAAAGAACUCGGCAUCGCAAAGAUCGGCGGCGUAGGGUACUGUUUUGGCGGCAAGUAUGUAGGACGGUGGCUCAAGGGGGACGACACGGGCCUAGACGUAGGCUUCGUCGCGCAUCCAAGCAACCUCCUCGAGACGGAGAUCCAAGCCAUUGCCGGACCGCUGAGCAUCGCCGCUGGUACACUCGACGCUAGUUUCAACGCCACGGCCAAGGGGAGGGCAGAAAGCAUUCUCAACGCGAACAACAUCACGUUCCAGACCAACUUGUACGCGCAGGCACCCCAUGGGUUUGCCGUCAGGCCCAAUCUCACGCUGCCGCUGCAGGCGUACGCGAAACAAGCGAGUUUCGUGCAGGCGGUCACGUGGUUCGAUGCGUGGUUGUGA